AUGCGACAGCCACACACCGGCAUUGUUGCCGACGGCUACCGCUCGCUGGCCGACAACGAGCCGGCAGCUGUCAACGUGACGGGCCCGAAUGGCGCCCCGGUGCAAGGCGCCGAGCGACCGAUGCAACGCGACAACUACGACCGGGAUUUCUACUGA